UGACAUUUGAUCAGUCAUUCCUUUCUUCUCAAGCUCUCCUUCUUCUUCUCAAUAUUCUCUCGUUCAGAUUCAUGAUCUACUCUUCCAGACCAUUUGCCUAUCAGGGCGUUCGACGAUAAAUUCCAGACACAAUUGGAAUCUCCAACAUCAUGUCUUUGUCAUGGCUACACAAAGUCGUUCUCUUCAUCAUUACUUGCCAAUCAGCGUUGUCGGAUGCUCAAUAUAUACAAGAUUAUGUAUGGCACGUUGAUAACGGUGUUCAUAGGCCAUCUUGGCACCGUGAGCCAAACAUUGCAACACAUCCAUACACACCUGUUGUUGUCCCCGUAACAACCUCAACGAUUCUUCAGUAUAACUGUUUUUAUAUGAGAGCAAUAUGCCUGAAUAUGAGGAACUGGAUGAGUUCCCCUCGUGCUCAAGCUCGUUCCAUAGUAGGACACAUCAAUGGUGGUGCUACUUUGUUUAGCUACGAUUUCCAUCCUGGCACAAGUGCCAAGAAGGGAAACAAGAUGUGUCCUGAUAAUUGGGAUGCUGGUGCCCCAUGCCCAAGAAACAACCAGCCACCGGUGAUGCCUGGACCUUGGUUUUCGACCGCUUUGGAAACAAUCGAUCCUUUGAAUCACAGAGAGAUUCUAGCAGAAAGAGGGCCAGAUCCAGAUGACCCAACGGGGCAACAACAGAUAAUUACCCGAAGAAGUGGCCGACUUUAUACCUGUGAAGAGUUCCCACCCCGCACUAUGGUUGAGGGCGGUAUCGGUAUUGGAAAUGAACCAGGAUUAGCUGGGACCGCAGUAGAGGGCGAUGGCGGUCCAGGGUUGACAUAUUGCGCUCCGAUGGGCCUGAAUGUCGGCUGUACCGGAGGACUGAUCCCCGGCCCUGGUCCAGUAGUCCCUGAUCCUACGGAUCCAGAUCCAGAUCCCGACGACGCCAGAGACUAUACUCGAUCCGAGCAGAACUGGCAAGCUACCGCACACUCACAACUACAGAGGAUACUCAAGCAAGAGGCUAUCAAUGAGCUUGCCAGAAACGGAUUACCUUUCAGUACCGAGCGUCACGUUGCAAUGUUUGGGAUGAGGAUGGUCAACGAGCCCAAUAACAACAUACCCGCGAAAGUUUUCAAGACUGGUGCGGUUCCGGAAACAUGGACGGGAAAUUUGGGACGCCGAACGAAGGUCAACUCGGCAGAGAUGACAACUCAUGAUGUGUUGGAGUAUAUGGCAGGUCUAACUGAUGAGGAUUUGGUCAAAUUCUCUAGCAUCGACAUUCCACUGGACACGCAAGAAUUGAACAGCAGCUCCAUGCUUGACACUCCUGACGUGCAGCACUCUUCCGAGUUUAGUGCAUUCAGUAACCCAACUCCAAUGUCACUGAAUGAGACGGAAUCAUCAGAUGAUACGAUACCGGAAAGUGCGAACUCGACUAGGGCACUGAGAGUUGCGACUACCUCAAGCAACUCAACCUUGGCGAAGCAAAACCGAAACCGAGGAGUGGUAGACAUUCUCGCAAUCGGAACAGAGUAUAUCCUCGCCCAGCUAGGGGGCCACAACGGCACAAGUUCUAACACAUCAAUGCUUGUAAAGAAUUCCACAGCUCCCCAGAAGCUCUCGAUUCGGAAUAGUCUGCGACAUACAUCAAAGAAUACGGUCGGCUUGUCCAGCUUCGGCACCCUCAGCAAAAGAGGGCCUGUCACCUGUUCAAGUGGAGAAGAGUGCAAAGAUGGUAGUUGCUGCGGCAAAGACGGCCUGUGUGGUUUCAAAGAAGUGCAUUGUGGCGCCGGGUGUACAUCCAAUUGUGAUGCCAAGGCUAUGUGUGGUAUCGACUCCGAAGAUGGAGCAGUUUCCUGUGGAUUGAAGCUUUGCUGCUCUUAUUAUGGUUGGUGUGGCACAGAGGAUGUUCAUUGCGUGGAUCCAGAACCACAGUUUGGAUUGACCUCUUGUCAGAAAGGCUUUGGAGGCUGUGAAAUCAAGGCACCGCCGUCUUGUGGUGCUACGUCUGGCACAUCUUCUGGAAGACGGGUUGCCUACUACCAGGGCUGGAACGUCCGAGAAAGACUUUGUGAUAGCAUCGCUCCGAAUCAGAUCAACACUCGCGGACUGACACAUCUCUUCUACGCUUUCGCCACUUUUGACCCGGUCACCUUUCAAAUGACCCCAAUGAACGCGCGAGAUCCUCCGAUAUAUGGUCAAUUCACGGCACUGAAACGAAAUGGGCUGCAGACAUGGAUUGCAAUUGGAGGGUGGUCGUUCAAUGAUCCUGGACCUACCGAAAUGGCUUACAGCGAUAUGGUGUCUAGCGCGGCCAACAGAGCUGCUUUCAUAACAUCAGUUAUCUCAUUCAUGACGAAAUACGGAUUCCAAGGAGCUGAUAUCGAUUGGGAGUACCCCGCGGAACCGAAGAGAGGCGGUCGUAAGGCAGACGCCGACAAUCUGACGCUCCUGAUGAAGGAAAUGAGAGCUGCAUUCGGCAGCAAUUUUGGACUCAGUCUUACACUUGCACCUGAUUACUGGUACCUUCGUGGAUUCAAGCCGUCCGAGAUCGAAAAGUACGUUGACUUCAUGGGAUUCAUGUCAUAUGAUCUUCAUGGGCCUUGGGAUACCGAUGUCAAAGCUCUGGGCUCCAUUGUUCGCCCACACACGGAUGCAACCGAGAUCGACAAGAACCUCCUGCCGCUCUGGUUCGAUGGAGUGAAUCCUGCCAAGGUAAACAUGGGACUGGCAUACUACGGGCGUACUUACAAGCUCAGUGAUCCGUCGUGUGGCGCAAUGGGCUGCGGAUUUAGUGGACCUGGAGAUGCUGGAUCAUGCACAGGCUUCGAGGGAGUCCUUUCUAACCGGGAGAUCCGACAAAUGAUCAACAAAAAUGGCUACACUCCAUAUCUCAACACUACCGCAAUGGUCAAGUACUUCACCUAUGGUGAGGACAACUGGGUUGGAUAUGAUGAUGAAGAGACCUACGCGAUGAAAGAGCAGCUGGCCAACGAGCGUUGUCUUGGUGGUAUCAUGAUCUGGUCUAUUGAUUUUGAUGCUGAGACUGGAGGGGGUGGUGUUGGAAACAACUUCACAUCCCCAAUCAGUGCCACUGUCAUUCCAAUGGCCCAUACUACGGUUGCUCCUAGAGCUACAUUCACCAUCAGCGAUCCCUCUGCGACCGACGUUUUUCAACUUACGAGUGAAGGAGCUCAGAAUCAACCUCGUGGACCAGGAUCAUCGGCAUGCGGCUACUGCAGUUUCUUCCGUUUGAUCACAUCAACAUGUUGUGGUUUUGGAGGCAGUGUUGGUAAUGCAGUCGAGAUUCCUGCAAACGUACCAAUCCCGCUUGAUAUCCCCGUUGCAGCUGGCUUCGUCCCAAAUCAAGCUUUCAACACGACUGAUGGAAAAUACAUUCCCGCAAACCAGCCAUUGGACGCUGGAGUCACUAUACCAUGGGGCACAACAUUUCCCGCUCCUUUCAUAUUCCCACCAGGUCAACCACUGAAGAAUGGCGAGAGUGACGAGGAAGAAGGAGGUAACAGCAGUCUCAUCUGGAUAGAUCAAUCCAUAUGGAAAUCCCCUGAGCCAGAAAUAUGGUGUUUUUGGCCAUGUACUUUUGUCCUACCUCCAUGGCCGAGUUUCACGACCACAAUCGACUACCCUAUUAUCACAGUCUCAGAAUCCAGCUGGAAAACGACUAUCACAAAGCCACCAGUCACAGUGAGCACAUGGCAUAUCUCGACAAUUGUGGUAGGAAGCACGAAGAAUGACAAGGAGACAAAGAAAACUUCCGACAUCACACUCAGCAAGGACCGAACUUGGGUGGCAGUCACGUAUCCUGACAAGACUGGAAGACCUAAAACCACGAGACCUCCGUUUCCACGGCCGCCACCACCUCCUAUCACAAUAAGAUUGCCCAAAAUAACCAUUCGGAAUGGUUCUCCCAAACCAGUCGCUUCAAAAAGAUGGCCAGAUCCUUGCUGUCCAGGCGUUGUUGAUAACGACAACAAAACAGAGGAAGAAAAGGAGCAGGAAGAGGAGGAUGACGAAGCAGAGAGUCCAAGCGUUUGUGUAGUUCAGACCUUCCCUACUACAUCUGACCCUGAGGUCCCAGCAACCACCCCACCACUCCCACCGCCAACUACGAUGUCCACUGUAGCUCCUGUACCAGCCCCUACGUCACCUCCAGCGCCACCUCCACCUCCACCCCCAGCGACCACUUCGAGUGCUCCACAGCCGCCACCUGUUUCUGUCCCAGACUUUAAGCAAAACAAACUAGAGUGCUACUCGACUGGUCAAACAACCAGCCGUGACAAGCUUUUGGAAAGCGUUCGAGACUUCUGCGGCAGCUCAUCGUAUUUUGGGAUAUGGGAGAAUGGAAACCACAACACAAGAGUAGUCAACUGGCCAUGGGAUGCUGCAGACGGAGCAGGUGUCGACGUCCUCAUCUCACUAGAAAUGAAAUGGAACUGCAAAUGGGUUUUCACCGAGGAUGCUUGCAAUGUCCAGUUUGCGAAACUAGUAGACGAAUGUCAAACGAAUAGUAGGUCAGCCAAACAAGGAGCUAACAUGGAGAACAACUGCAUGAAGUUCCGCAUUGACCCAAACCUGAACAACGCACCCCCGCCUCCGCCUCCGCCUCCGCCUCCACCUCCUCCUCCAGCACCUCGCAGAGCACCAACAGAUCCGAUGUCAAGAUAUAAGAUAUUCGGACAAACGCAUGCCGAGGAGAGCAGAGGAAAUUACAAUCACAUUCACGAGUAUCGGGGGUACGCAGCAACAAAAUCAUACUCCAUAUGCAAGCAAUCCAUAAAGAAGACAAUCACGGCCACUAAACCGGAGAGCUUGGACGUUGAUCUGAUUGGCCUGGAAGAGGUGUUCGGAGACACCUGUGAUUUUUUGAAGAAUGGACAGGAUUACAAGAAGGCAAAGAUUGCUGAUACCUUGGGCGUUUUGCGCUGUCCGAGCUAUGACGAUGCUAUUUGUCGCAAGAUCACAGGCAGCGAUUGGUGCGGUGGAAUCGGUGGUGCAUAUACUAUUUUUCAUUUGUUGGACUGUGCUUGGCCAUAAGGUUCUGAGUAGUGGCUGUUGAAAAUAUUUGUACAAUAUAGAAGGAUGCGUGUAUUUAUUCUGUACGUGUGAAUGAGGCUCUCUCUUUGUUUUCUUAACAUCUCGCUUAUUUCGCAAUCAAUGC